GGAGGGAGGUGGGCUGUGCCUCGCAGUGAGACAGUGUCGUCGGGGGAGCGGUUUGCUCUUGCACAUCAGACUCCUUCUAACCCUCCGUGCUGGAGGAGCGAGGGGGAACCUCUCAGUUUUUUUUCCUCUCUGCGGACUCACGGAUAAUACCCACACCACGGCUGGGAAGAUGGUUUUUCUGCUGCAUAUGGUUACCUUUUAUACUGUGAGCGUCUUAAGCGGAGCAUCCGCCGCCACUCACUAUAAUUGCAAUGGUCCUCUGGUAUCCACAUUACCCCAUUCAUCCUUUCAGAGCUCCUCCCAGUCCUCAGUCAGUUAUGCUGCUUACAACGCCAAGCUCAACAGAAGAGAUGGAGCGGGAGGCUGGUCUCCCAUGGUGACUGACCAAGAGCCGUGGCUGCAGGUGGACCUUAAGGAGCAGAUGGAGGUGACGGCUGUGGCCACACAGGGACGGCAUGACAGCUGGGACUGGGUCAGCAGUUACCUGCUGCUCUACAGUGACACGGGUCGGGCCUGGAAACAGUACAGGCAUGAGGACGGUGUAGGGAGGUUUGUCGGGAAUGUGAAUUCGGAGGCCGUUGUCCAGAACAAGCUGUCCAACCCAGUGAGAACACGUUUCCUGCGUUUUGUCCCUCGCGACUGGAACCCCAGUGGUUGGAUGGGCCUCAGAGUGGAGGUGUAUGGCUGCUCCUACAAGUCAUAUGUGGCAGACUUUGAUGGCAGAAGCUCCCUGCUGUACCGGUUCAACCAGAAGUCCAUGUCGACGUUAAAGGACGUGAUCUCUUUGCGCUUCAAGAGCCAUCAGGCCGAGGGGGUUCUACUGCACGGGGAGGGCCAGAGAGGGGAUUACAUCACCCUGGAACUUCACAGAGGAAGACUGGACCUCUACCUCAACCUAGACGACAGCAGACUGAGGUUCAGCAGCGGCCGUGUUGCAGUCACUGUGGGCAGUCUGCUGGAUGACCAGCACUGGCACUCUGUCCAUAUAGAGCGCUUCAACAAGCAGGUCAACCUCACAGUAGACUCCCACACACAGCAUUUCCAAACCAAAGGAGAGGGACACUCACUGGAGGUGGAUUAUGAGCUGAGUUUUGGAGGGAUCCCACUGCCUGGUAAACCUGGCACCUUUUUGAGGAAGAAUUUCCACGGCUGCAUGGAAAACCUCUACUACAACGGAAUCAAUAUCAUAGACCUGGCAAAGAGACGCAAGCCACAGAUACACAGUGUGGGCAAUGUGACCUUCUCGUGUUCGCAGCCCCAGCUGGUGGCCUGCACCUUUCUGAGCUCCAGCAGCAGCUUCCUGUCGCUUCCGUCAGUGGCGUCUGCCACAGGGGGUUUCUCUGUUCGCUUCCAGUUCAGGACAUGGAACGCAGACGGGCUGCUGCUCUCUGUGCAGCUGAACCUGGAGCCCCAGAGGCUGGAGCUGCAGAUUAGCAACAGCCGGCUGUACCUGACCCUCCACAGCUCAGGACGACAGAAAUCAGAGGUCUCUGCUGGUCACAGAAUCAAUGAUGGUCUGUGGCACUCUGUGAGUCUCAACACCAGGAAUCUACAGAUCAUUCUGACUGUGGAUAGUGAGCCAGCCUCCACACUUGAGCUGUGGGAACAACUGGAAUCAAGAGGCAACUUUUAUUUUGGAGGCUGUCCCACCACGGACUGUCAGUCCCUGACUUCGGCUUUCCAGGGCUGUAUGCGGCUCAUAUACAUCAACAGGCAGCCAAUGAAUCUCAGUCAUGUACAGCAAGGAUUGCUGGGAAAUUAUAAUGAGCUUCAGUUUGACACCUGCAAUAUAAGAGACAGGUGUCUUCCCAACCUGUGUGAACAUGGCGGCCGCUGCUCUCAGACAUGGAGCUCCUUUUCCUGCGACUGUUCAGGAACAGGAUACUCUGGAGCAACCUGUCACAACUCCAUCUACGAGUCGUCUUGUGAGGCCUACAAGCUGAUUGGCAGCUCCUCGGGCUUCUACUCCAUUGAUCCAGAUGGGAGUGGUCCCCUGGGGCCCACACAGGUAUACUGCAACAUGACAGAGGAGAAGGUGUGGACGGUUUUGACGCACAACAGCCCUACUCCAGUUACAGUCCAGGGCUCCUCUCCUCACAAACCUCACGUCAUGAAGUUCAACUACAGUGCCUCAGUGGAGCAACUUAAUGCCAUUGUAGCAGGCUCGGAACAGUGCCAACAAGAAGUGGUUUACAACUGCAAGAAAUCUCGUCUCUUUAAUACGAAAGAUGGCAGUCCACUGUCCUGGUGGCUGGACCGGGUCGGAGAGAGACGAAGCUACUGGGGAGGUUUCCUGCCUGGAGUCCAGCAGUGCUCCUGCAGCCUGGAGGAGAACUGCAUGGACAUGAACUACUUCUGUAACUGUGAUGCAGAUGCAGACACAUGGGCUAAUGACACAGGAAUCCUCUCCUACAAAGACCACCUACCAGUGAGCCAGAUAGUGAUUGGAGACACCAACAGGAUGGGCUCACAGGCCGUCUACCUCGUCGGCCCUCUGCGUUGUUAUGGAGACAAGUCCAUAUGGAAUGCGGCAUCUUUCUACCAGGAGUCCUCCUACCUCUACUUCCCUACCCUACAGGCUGAGCUCUCUUCCGAUAUCUCCUUCUACUUCAAGACUAACGCUCCUUCAGGAGUGUUCCUGGAGAACCUGGGCCUCAAGGACUUCAUCAGAGUGGAGCUCAGCUCUCCCUCAGUGGUUUCUUUCUCCUUUGAUGUGGGAAACGGUCCGGUGGUCCUGUCCGUGAAGUCCCACCUCCCUCUGAAUGACAGACAGUGGCACUACGUGAGGGCAGAGCGCAAUGUGAAGGAGGCCUCCCUGCAGGUCGACCAGCUUCCCCUCCGCUUCCUGGAGGCUCCAGCUGACGGACACCCCCGCUUACGGCUCAGUAGCCAGCUAUUUGUAGGAGGAACAGCGUCCCAGCAGAGGGGCUUCCUGGGCUGCAUCAGGACUUUGACCGUCAACGGCGUGAGCUUUGACCUGGAGGAGAGGGCCAAGAUGACGCCAGGGGUGAGCUCUGGUUGUCCCGGCUACUGCAGCGGCUCCAGCAGCCUAUGCCACAAUAGAGGGAGGUGUAUUGAGAAGAGCAACGGUUAUGUGUGCGACUGCUCCCAGUCCGCCUACGGAGGAACCACCUGCAACCAAGAGGUGUCGGUGUCCUUCGACAUGGAGUCCUCAGUGACCUACACUUUCCAGGAGCCCUUCUCAGUGAUGCAGAACAGAAGCUCGCAGGCCUCCAUUGUUUCCACAGAAAGCAGCAACCGAGCCAGAGAGGACAUGGCCUUCAGCUUUGUCACCUCCCAGAGGCCGGCCAUGCUGCUGACUGUCAGCACCUUCAGCCAGCAGUACAUCGCGGUCAUCCUGGCCAAGAACGGGAGUCUGCAGAUCUGGUAUCACCUUCAGACAGACAGGAGUCCAGACGUGUUCAGCCCAGCCCUCGGCAACCUGGCAGAUGGACGACUGCAUCGAAUCAGAAUCCACAGAGUAGAAAAAAACCUCUACGUACAGAUCGACCAGGACAUCCACACAAAGUACACACUGUCAUCUGAUGCAGAGCUGAUCUUAAUCAGAUCCCUGACAUUGGGCAAAGUCACCGGGAGGGAGAACUUCAACGAGAAAGUCAUGCAAGCAGCUUCUAAAGGUUUCAUCGGCUGCCUCUCCUCGGUCCAGUUCAAUCACGUGGCACCGCUGAAGGCAGCGCUGACGAAUCGAGGGAGUUCACUGGUCACCAUCCGUGGUCCGUUGGUCCAGUCAAAUUGCGGUGCGCUGGCAGAGUCCACGUCACACACACUGCAAGAUCAAACUGUAACAGCAAAUAAAGAUAAGGAGCCACACAGCAAUGGAACCCAGAAGGACUUGGCUGUAAUUGCAGGUGUGGUCACAGCGGUGGUCUUCAUCUCUGUGUGUGCUCUUGCUGCGAUAAGCCGCCUCCUCUACCAGCAGCGGCGGGCCCAGAGGAGCAGCAGCAUCAAAGAGGAGAACAGACACAGCAUGUACACAGACUACAGGACAGAGCUGCACCUCCACAAUUCAGUCAGGGACAACAUGAAGGAAUACUACAUCUGACUGCAAUGUGCGCUCUGUGGACCUAAGACACAAACUUACCUCUCUCUUAUAAAGGACUAACAGGCGGACGUGCUGCUGCAGGAUUUCUUACCACAAAACAUCUCUGUGCCCUGGAAGUCUCUCAGGAACACUGCAAAAGCCUGUAGCCUGUAGUCCACUCUUGUAAUGCUCCAGUCCAAGCGAGUGGCUGAAUCUUUACAGCUGUUAGUGUAUUUGAUGUUGGUGAAACUUUCGGAAUCAAACUGCUGUGGUUUCUGUCGUUGCAAAUUGUGUAAAGCAAAAGCCGAAUGUUCUGCAGUGGUGGACAAAGGGACACCAUGAGUGCAGUGAGCGAAAGCUGCUGUCCAUCCUUAAAGCGCACAUUUUGUUUGGAACCCUCAAAUGCUGAAUAUUUCCACAUUUCAGUGGGACUCACUAAAUUGUACUCGCAAGUCAGGAAAUGUGGGCCAGGCCUGUAAGAUAUGCGUGCGUUCGCUGCUGUCUUUGUUUUGUCAGUGGUCGUGAAUGUUGUAGAGGAAGAAAAUGGGACAAUACUGCCUAUAAUGUAUGAGUGCCUAAUUUGCAUACAAGUUUUUAUUUCAACAUUUUAGAAUUUAUUCAUGUGAUUUGCACACAAGCAUUCACAUUUACAUAGAGACGAGCUUCUUGUCAUUUAGGUCUGUAACCCACACUACGUAACAAAAAAGGAAAUUUGAAUCUCACAGUCAUGCACAACAUCUGCCAGUUGACCAUUAGUAUUGGGUGACUCUGGCUAAUGUUCCCUCCACUGCAUUGUCUGAAGAAGCAUGGGAAUUGAUAAAAGUCCAUUAAAUAAAGAAAGUUGUGAUCUUUUCUUACCUGGAGACAUUAGGAAAGCAUUGUACGUCACAUAUAUUUAGCUUUAGGCAUGAUGGCUUAUGAAAUGGAUGGAAAUGAAAUGGAUGGAUUUUCUAUAUUCAUUUAACUGUGCAGAUUUUAUGUGUGUAUUAAUUUUUAUUUACAGAAAAAUCCAUAAACGUGUGUUUAUCAUAUCAUACGAGUAGCAGAAAUAAAUUAAUGGGUGGAAGACAAAUCAGUCAUCUAUGCCAACCCAUACAGUGAGUGGUGUAACCAUCAACCAAACUGCAGAAGAAAGUCUUGCCAGACUUUGCAGGCAGCCAUUAAUAGUAGCUACAGGCUAAAAACCACUGCAUGUACUGAUACUAGUAUAUACAAAUCUGGCCAACCAUGAAACUCCAAGCAGUAUAUUUGGUGUUCUUUGGCAUAUGGACAGCAGUUUGGUGUGUACAGGAAGUGAAACUGGAGCACGAGUCACAUUUGCAGUAGUAUGAAACAAUCACAGCAGUAAGUUUAUUGGAGCUUGUACGGCUACAAUAAGCUCUGGGGUUAAAUGUGUCAGUCACAACCUACUCUACUACACUUUGUCACAUUACUUGAGUGAGUUUGUACCUCUGUUUAAAAUCGUAACACUUCUGUCUCGAUUGCUAUCUCAGUGAUAUGCAAGAGUAAAUUAGGCAGGAGAUGGCAAGCCUUUUGUCAGUGUCGGCCUGAGAUUGUAAGACUGUGAUAUUUCUUGGAAGUAUUACAUAGAGUGUAGGCCUGAUGAGUACCAGAAUCAAAAAGUACUGCACGUUUCCAUUAUUUUGCAGCGCUAUUCAGCAGUGCUUAGAGCUUUCUGCAACCAAGAAAAAGACCACUAUGUUAGCUUGUUUAUUUAUUUAUCAUCUGGAUUCCAGGGAUAAGUGGUAUCUUCUAUGUAUUUUAAUCAGAAUAGUUUUUAUAUACAUCUUAGACUGGUUGAUCCGAAGAAAGAUUCCAUAUACAUACAAACAAUACAAAUAGUGUAAAGCCAACCUAGUGGUCCUGUGAGUCUGCAUACACAUUAAAACUUUGCUUUUUUUAGAUUCUGACCAUUAGUGGGGCAAAACAUAUUAAGUUUGACCUGAGGAUGGUGCCAGAGGAAAAGCAAGGUUACCUAAAUUUCAAAAUCAGCUUGUCAGGCUCAGCUGUACAUUGCCAGAUUUUUUAUCCAUUGGCCUCAACAGGGUAGAUGUCUUUGUCAGUUGCACUUGAAGCUUAACAUAUUAAAUACAAUGCAUAAGCUCAAAGAAAAGCCAAAUCUGAGGCUGACAGCCUGAAACAUGGUAAUUGUUUUUUCUAUUUGUUGCACAAGUCGGAAUUCAUCCUCUUGCAAUCAUAAAUGUCUGUACAAAUCAAAUUGAUGAAAUCAAACAAUUGUGAAGAUAUUUCACCCUGAUAGCAACUGUUGGACCACCUGACUGAUGGAUGGACAGAUGAAAGAAAGAGUGACAUACAAUAUCGCCCUUCCUGGAGCCCAACUGCUACCAUGACUGAAGAUUAUGACCGAAAGUGAGAGUGGCAUGGUCAAAAGAUAGGGUCUUGAUCCACUGGACCCCGUCUGUGCAUGUCCUUGUUAUGUCUCAAGAUGUGAUAUCUAGUAUCAGUGAAUGAAUACAUACCUCUCAGAGUGUUUUGGUUUUAUUGCAAUGGGUAAUAUCAUGUGGUUACUUCUUCUUAAUGAUUUGUAUAGCUGCAGUUUUACUAAGGAUCUAUUGUAUAGAUGUAUAAUUUAAUAAUAAAAGUGAAUAUAUUGUUAACCCUCU